UACAAGUUGUGCCAACUUAAUUUGACCAACUUUUCUGUCUAGUCCGAUAAACAUCUAAUUGAUGGAGAAGAGCAAGAACUAGCCAAAUCAAACUUCACAAAAUUAUAUCCUUUGUGGCCACAAUAAUUGCGAGAAAACAUUUCUUGGAAACACAAAUUAGUUUGACAAAUUUAUCAUAAUUACAUCAGUACAUGACAAAAAAGAAAAAAAAUCCUCCACAGUUCCUUCAUGAUGUUGUUCCGUAACACAGAAAUCAGACGAUUCCAAAGUUAGAUGUAUGUACAAAACCCAUCCUCAAAGUAAUAAAUUUUUGUAGCUAAAGCCAAAGACCCGCUGCAUUUUCUCUACGCGUCAACGUUCGGACUUUUCCGAGUGAAACUAGUCCGAUUAGUGUCAAUUUUCACGCUGGUUUUCCACAGUGUAAUAAGCUGUGCGUUUUUUUGCGAAAUGUUGUAUAGUUUCGACCCGAAUCUAUUGAUUGAAUAUGGACCAAUGAUCUUUAUUUUUGGCAGCGGCGUCAUGGCCAUCGCUGUCUUUUUUUACAUUGAACAGAACGGUAGAUUAUUAUUAAGGCAAAGUGUUGGCCGUCUUUGGAACUUUGACUCGUCUUCAAAUUUAUACAAAAAGAUGAAAUUGGAAUCAAAGUAUAUUCUACAAGUCGUCCACUUUAAUAAUUUUCUAGGAGUGUGUAUGGUGUUUUUCCAUUUGCCUGCAGGGGGGCAAAGCGAUAAAGUUUUCUACGGAAUUAAUCUAUUUCGACGGAUUUUACCCCAACAUUUGAAUUUUUUGAAGCAAAUUUAUUACUCCACGUUUCCUAUUCUCACUUACAUGGUGACUGUUAAUCCUUAUCUUUUGCUGUAUGCCUCGUCUCAUAUGAAGUUUCAAGUUUGUUAUGUUAACGAAUUGUUGGUAAAAAUGACCAAAGAUUACAAAGACAUUGACUACAACUUGCUAAGAAACGAAAAAUAUCAAAAAACCGUUACUCUCGGUCUAAAAAAUUGCAUCCACCGACAUGCAAUUUUAAAAUUCAUGGACAAAAAAUUGAACAAGUUGAUUCAUUGGCCACUUUUGAUUUUGAUGGCUUUAUCAGUUGUUGCGAUAAUUUCUCUUCUUUUCAUCGCCAUUGUUACUAGACAAGACGUCCAUGUUCCCAGUUUUGGGGCCACUAUGAUUUUCGGGAUUGUGACCAAUUCACUUGCUGUAUAUUCGGGUCAAGAAGUCAUAAACGAGUCUAUGAAGUCUCUAAGUUGCGCAGGAACUUCGCGUUGGACUUCUUGGAAUUUUUUUAAUCGAAAAAUGUUGGUUAUUUUCAUGACCAAUGCACAGAAGCCUUUCAUACUACAAAGUCCGUUUUUCGUUUGCGAAUUUGCGUUUGUGAUUAAAGCUUUGAAGUUUGUUUCGUCGGUUUGUGGACUUUUCUUUGAAGUGGCAAGGAGAAGGGAUUUGGGGGAGUUGUAAUUUAAAUUUCGCGCUUUUUUAGAAUAUGGCAGUCAAGUGAAAAACCGAUUGAAAUGAAGCAAAAUACUUAUAAACUAAAACUUUUACACUAAUAAAGAUCUUAAGUCCAGAAAUAUACAUAAAA